AUGACUUCCAAGGAGGAUGGCAAGGCGGCGCCGGGGGAAGAGCGGCGGCGCAGCCCGCUGGAUCACCUGCCGCCUCCCGCCAACUCCAACAAGCCGCUGACUCCGUUCAGCAUUGAGGACAUCCUCAACAAGCCGUCUGUGCGGAGAAGUUACUCGCUGUGCGGGGCGGCGCACCUGCUGGCGGCCGCGGACAAGCACGCGCCGGGCGGCUUGCCCCUGGCGGGCCGCGCGCUGCUCUCGCAGACCUCGCCGCUGUGCGCACUGGAGGAGCUCGCCAGCAAGACCUUUAAGGGACUGGAGGUCAGCGUCCUGCAGGCAGCCGAAGGCCGCGACGGGAUGACCAUCUUCGGGCAGCGGCAGACCCCCAAGAAGCGGCGAAAGUCGCGAACAGCCUUCACCAACCACCAGAUCUACGAGUUGGAGAAGCGCUUCCUCUACCAGAAGUACCUGUCCCCGGCGGAUCGCGAUCAAAUCGCGCAGCAGCUGGGCCUCACCAACGCUCAGGUCAUCACCUGGUUUCAGAAUCGACGCGCCAAGCUCAAGCGGGACCUGGAGGAGAUGAAGGCCGACGUGGAGUCCGCCAAGAAACUGGGCCCCAGCGGGCAGAUGGACAUCGUGACGCUGGCGGAACUCGAGCAGAACUCGGAGGCCGCGGGCGGCGGCGGCUGCGGCAGGGCCAAGUCGAGGCCUGGCUCUCCGGCGCUCCCUCCAGGCGCCCCGCAGGCCCCGGGCGCCGGGCCCCUGCAGCUCUCUCCAGCCUCCCCGCUCACGGACCAGCCGGCCAGCAGCCAGGACUGCUCAGAGGACGAGGAAGAUGAAGAGAUUGACGUGGACGAUUGAGCGGCGACCGGGAUCUUCCGCCGGGCCGGGCCCCUAAGCGCCGGUACGCCCGCCGCCUCCCGGACAGCCGGACAGCCGAGGAGAGCUGGGACCUCCUCUGCAACUCCCGCCUUCUCCCCCCAGUCUCUGGCCCGGACUCAGCUCCCGGCAGCCGCCUCCUCCCUCUCGAAGCAAUAAACCCGGGCUGGCCGGCCGAGCCGGCCGCCGCGCGCGGCCUCCGCCGCCCCGGGAGCCCUCGCCGUGCAAUUCUGUAUGGCUCCUGUAUAAAUAUUUAAACUUAUAUAGCGGGUUCUUCCGACCUCGGCCUGACUUUUUUCUUUCUUUCUUUUAUUUUUUUAAAUCUCGGAGAUUUCCAUGUUUUCCAAGCUCUCGGGCUGCUGGGUUUGCUGAGGGCGAGGCACUAUCGAGGGUAACGAACCCUGAAUCCCGCAGUCUGGAGGAGGGGCCCACCCCGACUGUUUUGAUUUUUCUCUGCAUGUGGCGAAUGCACUGGCCCUCUUCCUCCUCGCCUCCCUAGGCCUACUGCAGUUGACUUCUUUUAUUUCCUUCUGCCCUUUUUCCCGUGGCGUGGGAAGGGGCUGAGGAGGACAGCCCGGGCCUGACUUGCAAGUUUCAAAUCGAUCUUUUCUCCCCCCUACCCUCCAGUCAGCAGAAGUCUGUUUUCGAUGCCAUUUCUGCCUCCCGAUCCCCACUAACGCUAUUUUUAAGAUUCCUCCUGGCCCUCUCUCGGUUUCCUUGGAUUGACUGCUGGGGUCCGGGUCUUCAGGACAAAGCAGGGAGAAAUCCAACCAAUCAACCAACUAAAACGGAACCCAAAGCCCUAGAAUUAUUUUUUACUCUUUUUAGAAUUUUUUUGCAUGUGACAGAGACUGAGAGGAGGCCACCCGAAGCCCUCGCCCCACCUCCUCCACAGCUCUAGGUCUGACUGCAGUCUCCAACGCCCUGCUUCUGGCUCCACUUGCCCAGACAAGGAGUGACUCCAUGAGGGUGGGUCCCGCGUGCCCCUUCCCUGCUCCUGCCCUGCCCUCUCCGCCCAGGACUGUACCCAAGGCCUCUUUCUCCGAUAAAUAAAGUCUUUGCCAUUUUACUAGAA